AUGGCGGCAUCUGCACCCCACGAUGAUGAAGCCAUCACGACGUAUAGCAUGCAUGUAUCCGCCAAGUACCUUGAGCUUACGAAGAAGAAACUCAAGUUGACGCGUUUACCGCGCGAGCUUGAGUUACCGGAUGAGAGGAGAUGGGAGCAGGGUACACCAAAGAGUGUGCUUGAACCGCUCCUAGACUUCUGGCUAGAAGGCUACGACUGGCGUGCGGCCGAAUCCCGCUUCAACUCCACCCUCCCUCAAUACCGCACCACCAUCACCAUACCCUCGCUCACCUCUCCUAACACCACAAAACCCCUACGCAUACAUUUCGUGCACAAGCGAUCCAAACACCCUAAUGCCAUACCUUUACUUCUCUGCCACACAUGGCCCUCUUCGUUCAUCGAGGUCCAACGUGUUAUAGACGGAUUAACGGACCCUCACUCACUGCUGGGUUAUGAUGAGAGUGCACAGCAAGCUUUCCAUGUCGUAGCGCCGAGUAUACCCGGUUUUGGGUUUAGCGAUGCGAGUAUGGAAGAGGGUUUUGGGUUGCAUGGAACGGCCGAGGUGUUUCAGAGGUUGAUGGGGAGGUUAGGAUAUACGCAGUUUGUUGCUCAUGGAACGGGAUGGGGGUUUAGUGUAUGUCGCGCGUUGGCACUGGGACAUCCAAAGAGUUGUCUGGCGGUGCAUACUACGAAUCCUUCGUUUGAGGAGCCGAAGCUGAAGAGCGGACCCAUGCGCUAUCUGAAGUAUCGUGUUGCCAAGUUUACACGGGCAAAGGUGCCGUUGUUGAGCUUUGGUUACGUACCUGGCGAAGUACAGACAUCGUCGAAGAGUAUGGUAAGAAAAGACCUGACAACACAGGAUGGGAUGCUAGGUGGAGAACCGCUAGGACCUACACUGCAUCGCCUCUACUCGCUGCGGCCGCAGACACUGGCUUUCUCUUUGUGCGACUCACCUGUUGGGUUGCUCGCUGCUCUGCUCGAUGUCAUCCAUACUAGGGAUCUUCCACAACGUCCGCUUUCAUCGUCGCGGUCGAGGAGUCCGUUUCUUUCACCUGUUGAGCUGGAGAUGCAGCUUGGUGAUGAAGAGCAGGAGGAGCAGGACGAGUUGCGUUCAACAUCCACGGCACGACCUGAGGAUACGACGAGCCCAGGAAGAGUGAAGGGCGAUGGGAGAAGCUACACCUGGAGUCCGACGGAGGUACUAAACUUUACGAUGUUGCAGUGGUUACCUGGGCCUGAAGCGGCCCUCCGCUGGCUCCGCCGCGCACACAUUGACGUGCAAUCCCCCUCAUAUCAAACCCACACAUCCACUCCACUCGGAAUCUCCACCUUCCUCCCUCCUAACAGCAGUACCGCAACGCCACUCAUGUGGGGCGCGAGUUCCUGGGACAUAUCCUGGGUGAAGCGCCAUGCCGGUCGCCCUGCGACGUUACCAGGCUUCGAAGCCCCGGAUGCGCUGGUGCUAGAUCUGAGGGAGUGUUUCGCGAUGAUGAUCGAUAGAGGGAAGGUCAAGUUGGAGAUGCCUGUUAGGGAAGGUUAA